CGGCGACGCCGAGACGCUGCUGGGUCUGUGGGCGUAGCAUUUUUAAGGUCGUCUGCACCUUCUGCCUGGGAAGAUGGUCAACGUCCUGAAAGGAGUGCUUAUAGAAUGUGACCCUGCCAUGAAGCAGUUUCUGCUGUACUUGGAUGAGUCAAACGCCCUAGGGAAGAAGUUCAUCAUUCAAGACAUUGAUGACACUCACGUCUUUGUAAUAGCAGAGUUGGUUAAUGUCCUUCAGGAGCGAGUAGGUGAAUUAAUGGACCAGAAUGCUUUUUCUCUUACCCAGAAAUGAAACUUAGAUAUCGACCACUUAGCAGUUAUAAGUAACAAAUGUGAGAGACUGUCACUGUUCGGUAUCCUGUGUGAUUGAUUAGACUUAGAGAAUUGCUUAGGAGGAUGCUAUGGGAAAGAUUGUGGUAUCAUAUGUUCAGAAAGAAGCCCCUGAACUGAUUUUCUUGUUUUGUUUUUUUCAGUAUAUGUUCCCUAGAAUUAAAAAAAAAAAAGCUUUAACAGUUGGCUGUGAUUUGGCUUUUAUUAUCCUUUAUUAAAAUAUAAAUGUAAGUGGUUUUCCUAUGUUUUUAAUGCCAAUUUAAUACAUUAUGAAUAUAAUGGAAUAUGCUUUUAA